AUGCCUGUACGAACCGGUUUCUUUGGGAUUGCCAGUCUUUUUCCUCUCUCUCCUCGAGUGUACACCAGGACGCCAGGAGACUGUGGCCGAUCGUGGAAGGCUACGGGCAACACUAACGGCAGCAGACUGCAUCACUUGCAAGACGGUCGCCGUGGCAUGUUACCUUGCCCGGAGAGGCCCUACAUAAAUUGGCGAAAAAACCUGCAUGUGGCCGUGACGAGGGCGACAAGAGUGAUGCAACAGGACUGGAGUGCAGCGGUGAGGAGAGUGGGAGAGGCUGAGGCCGACAAGGCAGUUGGAAUGUGGAGGCAAGAGUCGGGCCAAUCCGGCUGCAGAGAGCAACUGUCAUCUAUUGCUGCUUUCAGGCCUAUCGGCAGGCUUGCAUGCCCGAGCCGUGCUCGGAUUGGCUGGGAGCUUUCGAGACUGACGAAAGUGCAUCACCGAUGCACACACGAGCUCCCGCCUGGAGACGAAGAUGACCUCGUUGGAAUGCGCAAUGAAGUGAACUUCGCUGCAAAGGCCGAAAUGUCAUCUUCACUUGGUCGCGGAAUAGGAAAACCAGUCGUCGGAACUGGCGCCCCCCGAGGCGGACAGAAUGGGCUUUUGAGGAAAUGGCAGUCCUCGGCCAUGUUGAACCUUCGGCUUCUCAUCUGCCCCAUUGCAGGUGUCGGCGCACUCAUCUCCUACCAGGCACAGGAAUAG